AAGCUAACACACCUUUGUGUUUGUGGAAAGUGGUCAUUACAUCCUUCUUCUUCUUCUUCUUCAUCAUCAUCAUUCAUACCGUCCAUUUAAUUCAUCACUCAUCCUUUUGCACAAACUCCCUCAUUCCCCAUAUGCAUGGUCUUCAACAAGCUAUAGCCACCACCUACCCUAGCCUACCCUAGCCAGCAGCUUUGCACCCUUUUUCUCCUCCUCCGAUCCAGUCCUCCCUCGCUCCCUGUCUGUUUCUCUGUUUUUUCUUUCGGUCACCCAUUUUCACAAGCAGGUGGUGUGCAAGCCUUGUGAAAACAAGAAGAUGUGGAUGAUGGGUUACAACGAUGGUAGGAAUCCUCAUCACCAUGAUCAUCAGUUCACCAAUGGCAGCAGAAAGCUUCUGCCUUUCAUCCCACCUACACUCCUCUCUUCCUCAAACACAACUGCUACGACGACCCAGCAGCCUCCAUGGCCGACCCAUCAUCGUCUGCCACCGGCUCCAAUGGCGGCAGAGCAGGGGAAAAUAAGAGACCAAAACUACAACUCACCGAACCUCUACCAGCAGCAGGAAGCGGGGGCGGUUGUGAGCUCGUCGCGAUGGAAUCCGACGCCGGAGCAGCUCCGGACGCUGGAGGAGCUGUACAGGAGAGGGACGCGAACCCCUUCCGCCGACCAAAUCCAGCACAUCACAUCGCAGCUCCGGCGGUACGGCAAGAUCGAGGGCAAGAACGUCUUCUACUGGUUUCAGAACCACAAGGCCCGCGAGCGCCAGAAGCGCCGCCGCCACCUCGACUCCAACAAUAACAACGCCGCCGCCGUUGAAAUGCUUGAUCCCAAAGAAUCAGUAGGGGCUGCAAUGAAUGGGAGAUCAUGCUGCUAUGAAGGAGGAGGAGAGCAAAACAACAACAAAAACUGGGCAGCAGGAAGCUCCUCCAUCAACAACUGCACUUCUUCACAGGAGGCAAUCCCAAUGGUAUCUUCAUCAAGUGGAGGAAGAGAUGGAUGGAACCAAUUCGAGGGAGGAGGAGAGGAAUUAGAACCAGCAGCAGCAGCAGCAAGAAGGAACUUUAUCAUCAUGGAAAGGAAUGCCACGUGGCAGCAGAUGUCCUGUCCACCUCCCACCACCCAUUUCAUAAUCAACCCCACCACUUCUACUGCUGCUGCUAAAGCUACAACAACUGCUACUGCUUCCCCUGCAACUCCCAACACAAACAUUAUAAUUCCAUCAUCAUCAUCCUCCACACCCACACUAACAGUAGCGGUAGUGCCAUCAUCAGCUGCUGUUACUACUACAGCAGCAGCUAGAACAGCAACUCAUGAACCAGCAUUAAUAAUGGACCCAAAACAGCAGCAGCAGCAGCUCAUAGUCAAGGCAGUCCAUGGUGGUCAGCAUCAAGAUCUCAACAUCUUUCAUUCCCAAUAUGGCCUUCUGCUCAACUCUAAUUACUCCCUCACCACCAACAGCAGUGGCAGGGGUACAGAGGGAAACAAUAAUCAUGGAGUCAUUAUCAAUUACAAGGAAGAUGGUAAUUGUGAUGAUGGUAAUGGAGAUCAUAAUGAUGAGACACACAGAAGUGCAACCCUUGACCUCUUCCCCCUUGGCAGCAGAAAUGUGGCUGAUAAUAAUAAUAAUGGAAAUGGCUACCACAGUUGCAACCAGAGGGAGUCUACUUAUCCAGCAAGAAGCAUGAUGGAUCCCAACUUCAUGGCCACUGCUAACCACCCUACUAGCAAUAACCAUUGUUUCCAAUUCUUUGAGUUCCUCCCACUCAAGAACUGAUCGAUGUUCCAAUAUAAUAUCUUAUAAGCUGAAAGACAAGUUAGCUAGUAGCUAAAGUUAGUUCCUUUUUUUCUUUAUGGGGGAGGUGGGUAUUAAUCAGGAAGAUUUUCCCCUUUGGUUUUUCAUCUCUCUUUUUGUAAUCUUGUUGGAGAUUGGGGACCUAUAUUAAUAUAGCUAGUGGUGGGGAAGGUUAUGUAGCUGAUCAUCUCUUUUUUGGGAUAGUGUUCCGUUUGAUGUAACAUUUCAUGGGAACUACCCUGGUGAGGGAGAGGCUAGUAGCUUGAAUGGUCCUUCAAAUAGGAUAUUCAAGGAUCCCUCCCUCUCUCUCUCUUUCAAAGGGGUUUCCUUGGUUCCUUACCUUUCUUUCAGUUUUUAGUUCGAAAAUGCAAUGUUUGGACCAUGUUGGUUGAAUCAAAGAAUGACCCAUCUCUAUAAACUUAACAUGCCAAAUAAGAGAAGAUGGUGCUGCACCAGAGUGCAGUAAUAAUGCUGCUGCUGCAGAAGAUGAUGGAAGUGUGCAUGUGUGAGGUGUAAGUAAUGGCUAGCUAGUAGUGAUGAAAAUGAAAGAGAGGGCAGGCUAGCUAGGGAAUGAAUGUCUGUGGGAAGGUGGUGGUGCCUCUCAAUGCUAAGGUUGUAAUGACGAUUGGUUCCCUAAAACAGGAUGGGAUGUUGAAAGUUUGGAGGUUGGAAAUUAUGGAAGGAUCUAAACUGGGCAACUCAGAAAGUGAAAGAGGAGGUGGAGAGGGCAGAGUAGUGGUGGAGUAACCAGUGGGUUUUUGUUUAUAAAUGCUUUGAUGUUGAAGUUGAUGGAUUAGACUGUGUGGGAAAGAAAUUUUGGGUAAGAGGGUAGUUUUGUUCUCUUGCUGCAAAUUUGGAACCUUGACAUGUAUAUACAUGGUGGGUUUUGUUGGGCUUGUGGGUUUAGGGUUUUACAUUCAAUUCUUCAGUUGGUUGGUUGGUUGGGUUAUUGCAGAGGAAAAUGAAGUUAGAGUAAUAUGGGACUGUGAUAGCAACAAAUUUGUAAUUUAUUCCUGCACUAGUAUGUGUGGGUUUUGGGUAGCUGCUUCAAAGUGAUAUCUGAACAUCCAGUUGAAGGAAUUAAUGUUGACUCUAGAAAUUGAUGUAUCAUAUAAUUUAUAUUCAUCCAAAAUAAAAAAAUAUGUAUAUAUGGAUUAGUGUUAUGAUCAGUUUGUGUUUUACAGUUAGGUGGUACUUAAUGAAAUUGAAUCUAAGACUUAGAUGACAGAUUUAAGAUGACUUGAUAUAUAACUGGAUCAAACAUUUGUUCGUAAGCCAAAAUUAAAUUGUUAAUUGUCUAAAAAAGGUAGCAAACUAGUUAACUCGUGAUUUGAUAGCAUUUUCGUAUGUAGAAUUAAAUUUAAACUUCUUCUGAAUAAGCCACAACAAGUGAAAUUUAGUAACAUUUUUUUUACGAGGGAUCAACCAUCAAAAUAAUUCGAAAUAUAAUUUUGUAUUAAGUUGGAAAGAACAGUAUAAGGUAGUCAUGAUCAUGCAAGUAAGGGUUCUCGUACACGAUUAUGAAUUAUCGCCAUUCAGUAAGUUUUAGUUAGGUUGACGAUAAAUGAUUACAUAAUCAUUAUAGGUUCGAAUAAGUGAUAACGUAAAUCGUUUAGUUCGAAUAUUGUGUGUGCAUAGGAUGUUAUUAUCUCACGAUAUCAUUAACUUACUCUAAUGAUGGCAACAAUCACAUAGAUUUUUUUACUUGGAUGGUAUAAAAUAAUUAGGAACAUUUUUUAUCAAAAAAUAAAUAAUAAUUAGAAACCUCACCAUGACCUACAUACCAACUCAUUGAGGUUACUAUAGAAGACAAAUUAAAUGUAAAAACCUUAUCUCCAUAUAGUAUCAUUUGUUUUAGAGAUCCAAGGUAUUUACAAAAAGGCUAAUGCAUCAGUAGAGAGAUUCAAUGCAUCACAUUUACCGAAAACCUUUUUUCUGAACCAGUAAUUUCCCUAAACCCUAAAAAGGGUACACAGUAAAAAUUCUGAAGUUUGGGUAAAAGCUUCACAUGUUAUAAUUAAAUCCAUUACCACGUAUCUAUAAGCUGAAAUAUAUGAUAUUCUAACUUUUUCGAAAUUGCAGAGAGUUUUAUAUGCAACUUCCUUAUACUUUCUCAUUUAAUAAAGUUUCCAUUUUUCUUUUCCUAAAUGCACGCCAUAAAAAAAAAAAACUGCACGCUAUAAAAGGUAAGAAAAAUGAAAAUAAUUAAAGCCCAUGCAUCUUCUUUCCUUUUUUGGUCAAAUAAACCUAUGUUUAUCCUUCUAAUUGAGGCUUAAAAACUUGAAUGGUUAAUGUAAUAUGUAUGGGCAUAUACUGUGUUGUUACUCAUUAAAGUGAGAGAAAGACUCUAUUGAAAGGUUUAAAAUUUGCACUAGACCACAAUGUUCAAUGUAUUGUACUUUCGGAUUAUGUGGUGAUUGUUAAUGUUUUAUCUUUUUGCCCCUCCUUAUUGGUGUUUGAACCUAGAAUGUAUCCUAGGCCAAUACAGUAAUGCUUGAGGCUCUGAUAUGAACUCUCAUGCAAUUAGAAGAAAUCUCAAAUACUUACAAUGCAGAACGUCAGAACUUAUUGGGUUGCCCCAUUUCGGGAACACAACCCUCGCUCCCUCAAAAUUGAAUCAUAGGUUUUGAUAGUAUUCCAUAUAUAAUUGCUUGAAUGUACAUACUCGACUUAUAGAUGGUGGAAUGAAAAAUGUGACAAAAAGAAAGAGAAAAACUCAAUCAUGGCAAUGACAUGAUGAGCUGCUGAUAGGACGAAAGUAGCUAUAUAUAUGCAAUGGGAUGCCAUGUCUAUAGCUAGCAAUAAUUGAAGGGCCAUGAAUGAUUAUGCAAGUGCAUGGUGUUGCCCACGCAAAAUCUUGCAAGCAACACCAAAGCAAAGUUUUCAGCACAGCCAAAAUAAAGAUUUGGUCUUCCCAACUAAUUUGUCUCACUAGGAAGGACAUACAAAAUCAAUAUUGUUAUAUAUAUAUGGUGGCUUCUAUGGUACUCCAGGUGAAAUUCGGGGUAUCGUAUACCUCGAGUAUGGAAACUCUAUCUAGACCUUGAAUUACCAGGAUUUUUGUGUAUGAUAUUAUACCCUAACCCUUAAUGAGUGAACCCUAGGUCAUAAUUAUCUAAAUCAUAAUCUAUAAACCCUAAGAUGGUGCAUUCCUUUUUGUGCCUAUAUUUGGAUGAAUCAUAACCGUCGAUUAUUAUUUCUAAUUAAAUUGAUCUUGGAGUAUAAUAUUGGGAGAGUUAACACCUAGAUUUUGAUCUUUAAGUGUUAGAGUAUAGUAUCAUGUCCGAAAGAUCGGUCAAUUCAAGGUCUAGAUAGUGUUUUCAUACUCAAGGUAUGCAGUACCCCGGAUUUCACCCAUGGUACCGUAGAACUCGCUAUAUAUAUAUAUAUAUAUAUAUAUGGGUUAGACUGGUGUACGUCAGGCGUAUAGUAUACGCCAAGUGCCUCACACCGUUGAUCUAAUCUGACAGUCAUUAGUAAUGAUGAUUUAUUUAAUUAUUAAUUAGCAAAUAUAAUUACUAACAACACCCAUUAAUAUUUUAUACGAGCAUUAUAGCUCCCAAUUUUUUUCCAGUGAGUUCUGUAUUUUGGUUCCCUACUUUCUUCGAACAUCAUUUUCAACACUCAAAUACUAUAUAUAUUGUUUAGUGGCUAGACCGAAACUGGACCAGAGUGUUGUUUAAUUUGGGUGUGGAACCUUCCCUCCAACUUGAGUUCCUAGGGUUCAUUGAGUACGAUUUGGGGAUGAUGUCCAGCCGAUGAGGAGAAUGUCUUCUUUAAGAAUUAGCCGAUUAUGUACCGGAUAUUAGGAAUUUCAUCUCAGAGUAUCCCAGAUGAGGGCUUUGAUGGAACUCGUCGAAUUGGAGGUUAGUUGUCAUAGAGUUUGAAUACGAGAGCCAUUGAAACAGAGACAAGAAGCAUGUAUAUUUCUUGAGGCUGCUAAUCACGCUUCAGGAGCUAGCAUAUGUUUUCUGCCCAGUUGAUCUCCAAAGGCUUCAUGUAAGCACAAAUAGAACUGCUUUGUCGAUCGUCCCUUCUUUUCCUCUGUUCAUCGACUAGAAGAAUAGACAAGGAGGAGGGCGGAAAUGGCGACAGUGAGGGCGGCGCCAUAAUCCCUGAUUCAGCGGCCGCAGUUGAUCACGCUUACCCAGCGUUGUUUCCUUGUGUGUUUCAAAGAGAAAGAAGCAGAGGGAAAACGCAAUCUGCCGCUAGGAAGAGAUUGAGGCAGCGAGAGAACGAAACGAAGAAGCCGCCAAGAGAUAGAUUUGGGCCAAGGGAUUGAACGAUGUCUUGCACGGAGGAUGUGUGGGAGAAAGGCGAGAGAGAGAUCCAGUGUUCGGGUAAAAGUAGAACUCAGGGGAGAGGAGGAGAGAUAUUCUUGGUUCUUAUUUUGAUGAUUGAAAAAUUGGCAUUUUAGGAAGCAAUCACCCAAAUGGUCGAUGGAGAAUUAAUUGGUAGUGGUAUAUAAGUUUGGGUGUUUGAAAGAAUGAGUAAAAAAACAAGGUACUAUAAUAUGAAAAGAAAUGGUAAAAUUUGUUCAAGGACUAUAUUCGUAUGUCUAUAAUUUUAAUGGGUGUCAUUAGUAAUUAUAAUUUCAAAUAAUUAAUUUUUUUAUCAAUGUAAAUAACGAUCGUUAGAUGAGAUCAACGAUGAGAAAAUCUGGCGUAUACUAUACGCCUGACGUAUACCAGUCGUCACCAUAUAUAUAUAUAUGUUUUUUGGGUUUGAUCUUUCUUACCCUUGGCUUUUUCUGAUAUGCAAUGCAUGGGAAGUGUAACAGGGUGGAGGGAGGCGGAUGGAAAAGAUUUGUGGUGCAGCAAAGCAGGGAGGGUAUUGGAAUGGAACAUGGCCGGGGAAAUUGACACAAACAGAAGAGGGGCCAUUGGCCAACCAACCAAGCUAAGGCUCUUCCCCCAUCCCGGCCAUAGUUUCCUUACACAAACAUCUGCACCACUUCAAUAACAGCAUAUAAUGUCAAUGUAAAUUUCUACCUCUGUGCUGAUUCGAUUUUGAUUAUCUUUCAUGGUGCCUGCCACAAUCCCCUUUUACCCUCUUUUUUUUCUCUGUCUGUCGUCUAACUUAGCUACUAGCUAGUAGCUAAUAGCUUCUCCCCCUUUCUUUCUGAUGCUAUAGCCUAUAGCUGCUCUGUCUGUGCAUCGAUGAGUAGCAGCAGCAGCCAGCCAUAUGCCCAUAUGUACGUUGUAGGGAGACUCGACUGUGUUGGUACAGACUUUGAAUUAGAUAUGUAUGUUGUAGAGUAGAGAGACUGUGUUGGUCUAUUCUAUUGCUUUUGGUGGUGAUGUACUUUUGUGUGUUUCAUGGAUUCUUUCUUUCUUUCCAUAUGACCAUUCCACCAGGAAAAAAAUAAAAAAUAAAGGAGAGAGAGAGAGGCAGCCUUGGAAUUUGGGAAGGGAUGCAUCAUGGAAUGACAUUACACUAGCUAUGGCUAAACUACCAUUGUUUCUCUUGCUUUAUCAAUGCACUCUCUGCUCUCUCUCUCUGCUCUCUCUCUUUGCACUCUGAUAUAUCUAUGUUUGUUUGAUCUAUAUAUAAAUAUAUGUUUGUCUGUGGUUAGCAGAAACAGAGAAAGGGAAAAAGAGAGAGCUAAUUGGCAGGCUGCAGCAAAUUUCAAAGUGAUGGGUGAGAGUGAAGUCAAAAUGCAUGACAAUGGCUGCUUUCUGUGUUAUAGCUAUAGCAGGCAUAUAUGGAAGCAUCUUGUAGCUAGCUAACAGAUUCUCUGUCCGCGGCCAUGGUGAUGGAGGGUCAAAUACAAAUAGUAUAGAGCUAAUAGCUAGCCCUGCUCCAGCAGUAGUUACUUACUUUACUUGCCCAUAUUUUCAAGUUCCAAGCCCACCAAAAAAGAUAGAAACCCUAUUAAUUUAAUUAACAGCAGAAUGGAUAUAAGAUAGACAAUCCAUAUAUUUAUAUGCAAUUACUGAACCCUCUACCUCUAGGGUGGCUGGAUUGUAUUGUGAGUUUUUAAUUUUAUAUAUGUUUCCUCUAACUAAGCACAUGUAAUUUUCAGUAAUAUUCAAAAUAUACCUAAUGAGAUAUUCAAGAUAUAUUGAGUAGAAUGUUGAUGUGUUGGUAUCAAUGAAAUUAACUGAAAGAAAUGUACUGGAAAUACAACUAGCUAGUUAAUUAAGCAAACCCUAAACUAAACCUAUCAUAUCAUGAGUGAAUUAUCAGCUUAUGAUUAAUUUAAUGAUGAUGUGUUUCCAAAGAGAAUGUGAGUGGGUUGACGAUUUAUGGUUGGGGAGGGGUUGUGGGGUCUGGCAUGGCAGGGCAGCAUAUGCAAUAGAGAUGUGACAUGUGACUGAUCUUGUGUAGUAAGUUUUUUUUUUUUGUCUUUUAUUUAUAUCUUUCGUACAUUUAUUAAAUAAUUACUGAUAGAGUGAUGUGGUAUUUGGCAAUUAUUAACCGUAUUGAUUUAUAUAUAUAUCUACCCAAACAUAUAAGGAGGUUCUCUGGCAGAACGGAAUGGGUUAGGGUGAUUACUUGUUUUUUAGUAAUCACGGUGGCAACCUCUUUAUAUACCAUUUGAUUAAUUAUUUUCCCUUCUUUUUUAAUCUUACGGUCAAGAUUCUUUUAGGGUAAUUUUGGAAAUUAUAAAGUGACAACACCUGAUUAUUCUAUAUAAUCUACCUAAAACCUAGUUCUAUCCUCUCUCCAGGCAAACCCGUCGCAGCCGCCUCCACGUACCACUCCCGUCGCACUGCCGCCAGCAGCCCCGACCACCCUCGGCCACCGCCGGCAGCAGCCCCCGACCACCCUCGGUACCCCUCUCUCUCUCUCUCUCUCUCUCUCUCUCUCUCUCUCUCUCUCUCUCUCUCUCUCUCUCUCUCUAUCUCUCUCUAUCUCUCUCUCUCUCUCUCUCUCUCUCUCUACCAUCACAACAUACAUACCAAAUAGACAUAUUGGUAGUAUUCGUUUAUGGAUUCAAUGUGCAGUGAUAUAGAUUGUUUAUAUUGGUAGUUUUCGUGUAAUGGUAUAGAUUUAUAUCUGCAAUGGUAUUGAUUGUUUAUAUUGGUAGUUUUCGUGUAAUGGUAUAGAUUUAUUUCUACAAUGAUAUUGAUUGUUUAUGGUAUAGAUUCUUUAUAUUGGUAGUUUUCGUGUAAUGGUAUAAAUUUAUUUCUGCAAUGGUAGUUUUCGUGUAAUGGUAUAGAUUUAUUUUUGCAAUGGUAUUGAUGAUUUUCAAAGUGGUAGUGUUUGUCUAAUGGAUUGGUACUGAUUUUUUUUUUAUUUUUAUUUUUUUUUGCAGAAAGAUUGAGAAAAAUAUGGAAAGAAAAUCUGGCUGGAGAUUACGGAAGUGAGAGAAAGAGAGAAUUUUAAUUAAUAGAUUUUUGUAACUACCUUAAAUGUAAUUUAUUAAAAAAUUAAUUAAUAUAAUUUAUUUUUCCAUACCCAAUUUAUCCUUAAUAACCACGGUGAUUACUACUUUGUAGUAGUAAUCACCGUAACCUGUCCCCUGGCAGAACCCCUCCCGUUCUGUUUUUCCUGUGUUGUGCGCAAUGUACGGAAGGAUCCUUCCGUCCUUUUACUAAACUUCCUCCGGAACCAUCCCAUCCCACUUAUGUUACUCAAUUAAAUAAAGACAACCUAUUACUCUAUGUAUUUCCAGUAAUCUAUUAUAGUUAGAAGUUGGUUUAUAUGAAUUUAAGAAUACUUAAUUGACGCAGUAUGACAAAUCAUUGUAAAUGGAUAUAGUCGAUGGUUUUAUACGCAUUUGCAUUUAUUUAGGUUGUCUUAUGGAUAUAAAAUUAUAAAUUAUUAGUUUACUUCCCAGUCAUUUAUGGGGUUUGGAAAGAUAGAUCACAUUUUCGAUCAAUAAUAAAAAAAGAUAGCUAACAUAGCCAUUAUAAAAAAAAAUAGCUAAUAUAAUUUUGGAUUUUGCUACGGUGACUUGCAAGUCACCUAAUCCUAACUGAAGUCGACCCAAAAGUGCAAGUUACGAUGACUUGCAAGGCAUCAUAGGCGCACCCCAUAAUUUUUUCUCUAUGUUUCGUUUUUGGCCAGCGAAAAAAUUAUGAUAUUACACCACAUGGGGGCUGGGUAUGUAUAGUUUUCUUUUACCAUAACAACAACCUCUUUCCUUUUAUUCUUUCACAUGUUUUGGUUUACUUGAUUCGGAUAAACCCUAACUGGUAUUGGUUUUUCUCUCGAAAUUAUGAAAGACAAAUCACAUUUUUUUAUCAAUAAUAAAAAAAGAUAGAUCACGAUUCUCAUUUGUAUGUUUAAAAUUCCAAAACAAUAGGUAACAUAAUUUUUUUCCUACUUUCGGCCAGCGAAAAAAUUAUAAGAUUACACCACAUGAGGGCUAGGUUUGUAAUGUAUAGUUUUCUGUUACCAUAGCAACAAUUGUAUGUGGGCACCGGGUCGUGCCGCCCACUGGCUAACACGACACGGCACGAGCACAAGCACGAAAUUAAUGGGCCAACCCGACACAAGCACGGAUAAUUUAUGGGUCGUGCCGGGCCUAAAUUUUAUGGGCACGGGCACGACAUAUAAGUGGGCCGUGUCGGGCCUAAAAUUUUUGAGACUUUAUUGAGUAUAAGAACGGAUAUGGCACGAAAAUAAUAUUUAUUUGACAGAAAAUAAAUAUAAAACGAAUUAUAGGUUCAAAUAUUACUGUUUGAGCCUAACUGGGUGUAGGAGUGAGUCUCGGGAAAAUGGGUCAAGGAGAGUAAGCAAUGAGGGAAUAAUCGUUGAUGGAAAAACUGAGAAGAUUACGAAUAGAAUUGAGAGAGAAAUAUCUUAGAGAGAGAAUUCGAUGAUAUUAGAGAUAGAGUCAGAAAAAUCCGAUCCCCUCACCCACCGGAGUAAAUGCCAUAUUUAUAGGCUACAUGGUGGUGGGUGAGUGGUUGGGUUACAUGUGGGUGCAAUGACAUGACCAUUACAUGACCACUACAUGAUCACUGACAUGUCAGGGAUUUAAGCCAUGCUUAUACCUAGGACAUGUCAGGGGCUUACCUAUGACUGUGUUUAGGACCCUGAUGUGACUACCCCUCGGGAAACGAGACGACGCUUUUUGCGGCUCAUUGGUCUAGUCAACGCCUUGAUCCUUCCUUUGGUCGCGCUCGAGAUCUUUGCGCUAGUCUGCCUUCUUUGCGCUAGUCUUCCUUCACAGUGUCGCGCUCGAGGCCUUCUUCAGUCGCGUCGCGUCCUGCAGGGUUCAGCGGCAUUUGGGGAAGUGUCGGUGCGUUCCUUUGGUGUGCUUAGGUCCGAGUCACAUGCCCAACAAUUGCCCCCCAACAGGGGGUGUUCUGUGAAUACCACCUGUUUAGGCUUCCGCUUGAUUGACUCGGGCCUGCACGAUCUCCGCGCGGUUUUCGUGGGACUCUUCACUCGUUGUGCGCGUUAUUUUGAGCUACGCGCUGAUCUCCGCCCGCGCUUGUGUUGAGGGUGGGUCGCUCGAAGUUGGGCUUGGGGUUUUUUUCCUUCCUCGCGCGUAUGCCCCCGUUGUGCGCGUUACUUGGAGUUACGCGCGACGCUGUUGCUUUCUCCUUCCUCGCGGAUAUGCCCCCCAUUGUGGCGUUACGUUGAGGUUGGUGCGCGCUACUUUUAAGUUGGGCUUGUGGUGUUUUUUCUUCCUCGCGGGUGUGUCAUGCCCCCCAGGCGGUGCGCGGCACUUGUGGCGUCAUCGACUAGUGUCUAUGAUGGUAGGUGUCCACGUGUCCCUCCAUGAUUGGGCUAUUCGGGCGGGGAUUUCUUGAAAUUCGAAAAAAUUCGAAAAGAUUUG